CCUGCGAGCGUUCCCCGACUCCUGACCCGCCCACUCCAGACCCCAAAACUCCGGAUCGGAGCCCAGGAUCCCGGACCAGUCCGCGGAGCUCGCGCCGGGCAGGCGCCACGAUGUCCGGCCCUUGGUUUCUGCUUGCCAUGGUUUUGACCCUGACCCUGAGCGGUGUCCGCGCACAGCCGGAGGUGGCCCAGCAGGAGGCGGCUAUAGCCGCCGAGCAACUGGGCCUGGACGACCUGCUGCGGCAGGCGGAGCCCCUCCUCCUCCUCCGGGAAGACCUCCAGCGACUCCGAGAGGACCAGGAAGAUAGCGAAUCAGAAGCUCAGAAACUCCCACUGGCCACACCCUCGGCAGGUGAGUCCCAGAUCUUUCAACCCCAUUGGCUCUCCAAGCGUCAGCAUCCAGGCAAAAGGGAGGAGGAGUUAGAAGAGGGAGUUGAAGAGGAAGAGGAAGAAGGAGGGGCCGUGGGACCCCACAAGCGGCAGCACCCUGGCCGGCGCUCCUCCUGGCUUGGGUACACUUUCACCAAGAGGCAGCACCCAGGCAGACGGCUGGUGGAUCCCCAGGCCCAAAGCAGCUGGGAAGAGGAGGAGGAGGAGGGAGAGCUGAUGCCUGAGAAACGCCAGCAUCCGGGAAAGAGGGCCCUGGGAAGCCCAUGUGGGCCCCGGGGAUCCUGUGGUCAAGCCAGCCUUCUGCUGGGCCUCCUGGAUGACCUGAGCAGGGGCCAGGGGGCUGAAGAGAAGCGGCAGCACCCUGGGCGGCGAUCAGCCUAGGCCAGGGAACCCCUGGAGGAGUGAGCCCCGUUUCCUGUAAAAUCAAUUUGGGGUCUAAGAAUGUCUUGAGCCCUGUAUGCCCUACCCCUUUGUGACCCCCUUUUUCCCUCCUCCUUAGAUGCCUGACCAUACACCUGAGCCCGUGGUAUACAUACACAUCAAACCCCUGGCCUCACCCGCCUACUUCAGGGAUGUGAGAAAGCCAACCUAUGAGUUAAAACCCCAUAUUACCCCACUUUGCGCCACUGGCAAGGGGGCAGAUCCCAGAGUCCCUCUCCCCCCACACCCCUGCAGGCCUGCUCCCCUCCCUAGCCCUGGCUAAGAUGACCCUGCUGUGUCUUCUAAGGGAUCCCCGGAGUGGGGCAGGGUGCCUCUGGUGUGAACAGGCAGUGAGGGUGGGUGGGAUUGAAGCCAUGAUGUCCAAAUCCAGCUUGCAUCCCUUGCCCAUGGGUCAGGGUUUGCCAUGUGUAAACUUCACCCCCAGUAGCCGGGUCUCCUCCUCUUCUUGGGCAUCCUUUUGUGGGUGGGAAGAGCCCUGACCCACAGCUGUGUUCUGCUUGGGGGAAGCAUUGUAGGUGCUGCUGUGCUGUGUGGUUGCUGUGGGAAUAAACAUGUGCAGGAAUUUGUAAACAUCACCUUGGAAGUCGCGGCUUGUAUGUAACCCUCUAGGCACCUUUCCCCUAUCAAUGAUAA